ACGCACGCUGCGUCACCUGCGACGUGGAUCCGUGUUCAGCAGGAGCUGUGAGGCUAACAGGCUAACCACAGACCCUCCUGCACUGUUUCUCAUUAUCUCGGGAUUUCUCCUGUUUAUCACCGGGAACAGAACACAGGACCCGCUCUCAGGACCCGCGGUUACCGGUUUAUACCGAACUCAGAGCUGACAUUCACCCGGAUUCGGAGCAGUGGGGGAUGAGGAAGGUCUGAAGAAGCCCGGUUUGGUUACGGGGGGGCGAUGGGUGCCAACACCAGUCAAGUGAGAGACCUGUCGGAGAGCGAGAGCAUCCGAACCCUGAUUGGUUCAGAGUCCAUCUCCGAGAACGAGCCCUUCUGGAACCAGCUCAUCUCCUUCACCUUCACCAGCCCCACCUGCAGUGCUGAUGCUAAACUCCUGGAGGAAGCGGUCGUCCCUCUCGCCAAAACACUAAUUCAGAAUAACUCCAGAUCAGGAAAUUUCGCUGCUCUGGUCCGAGUUUUCCUGGGCAGAACCAAAGAGUUGAAGAUCUCAACAGAAUGCCAAGAUCAGCUGUUUAUCUGGCAGGCCCAUAAUGCCCUGUUUCUGGUCCGAUGUCUGCUGAAAGUCUUCAUCAGGGAGAUGAGUGAGGAGGAUCUGCACUUACAGUUCUCCUACCAGGCGAGGGCGCCAGGCACCUACGAAUCUAACAGUGGAGAUCUGCUGGAGGAGCUGAUCUGUAACCUGGUGCAUCUGAUCGUGGAGGUUCCUCUGCUGGACAUCACCUACAACAUCCUGUUCGAGGCAGUGACCACCCUCCUCGUCCUGCUGUCCUAUCAGCUCUUCCAGAAAGAAAUUCUGAGGGAGGGGCUCGUCUACCAAUGCCUGACCAGGGGGCGAUGUCUUUCUCUGACGAGCCGCUUGGUGAAGACGCUGCUGUAUAACUUCAUCAGGCAGGAGAAAUGUCCUCCCCCCGCGCACAUCUUCACCCCGCAGGCGGACGGAGGAGGGCUGCUGUACGGCCUGGCGUCAGGAGUGGCGAGUGGACUGUGGAGUGUGUUCACACUGGGAGGAGCUGGAAGUAAAUCCGGGGUGGACCAGGAACAGAACCCUCUCCCGUUGUCCAAUCAGAGCCUUCUACUUUUGUUAGUUUUGGCCAAUCUGCCAGAUGGAUUAGACUGCCCCAACCCCUACAAACAAGCGGUCACCUGCUUCAAAAACACACAAGAUACAUCGUCCAUCCCGUCUCCACAGCCUCACACCUUCCAGAUUAACUUUAACAGUCUGUACACGGCGCUGUGUGAGCAGCAGCGCUCGGAUCAGGCCACGCUCCUGCUCUACACGUUACUGCACCAAAACCCCAACAUGAAGACCUACAUGCUGUCCAGAACAGAUGUGGAGAAUCUGGUGAUGCCUAUUCUAGAGAUCCUCUAUCAUGUAGAAGAAAGGAACUCCCACCAUGUUUACAUGGCCCUCAUCAUCCUCCUCAUCCUCACUGAGGACGACACAUUCAACAGAUCCAUACAUGAAGUGAUCCUGAAGAACAUAAACUGGUAUACAGAGCGAGCUUUAACCGAGAUUUCUCUGGGCAGUCUCUUAAUCCUGGUGGUCAUUCGCACCAUCCAGUUCAACAUGACCCGGACCCGGGAUAAGUACCUGCACACGAACUGUCUGGCAGCUCUGGCCAACAUGUCCGCUCAGUUCCGCUGCCUUCACCAGUACGCCGCCCAGCGCAUCAUCAGCUUGUUCGCUCUGCUGUCUAAGAAGCACAAUAAGGUUCUGGAGCAGGCCACACAGUCUCUACAGAGGCAGCUGGGAGCCGACGAUAACACCUCCCUUCCAGACUAUGCGCAGGAUCUGAGUGUAAUAGAGGAAGUGAUCCGGAUGCUGCUGGAGAUCAUAAACUCCUGUCUGUCCAAUUCCCUCCAUCACAACCCCAACCUGGUUUACGCUCUGCUGUAUAAGAGGGAGCUGUUCGAGCAGUUCCGCUCGCACCCGUCCUUCCAGGACAUCAUGCAGAACCUCGACACGGUGAUUGGUUUCUUCAGUCAGCGGUUGGAGCAGGCGGGGACGGACCUUUCGGUGGAAACAGUUCAGGAGGUGAUUAAGAAAGGAGCCGUGGCGCUGCCGAAAGACCGCCUGAAGAAGUUUCCGGAGCUGAAGUUUAAGUAUGUGGAGGAGGAUCAGCCUGAGGAUUUCUUCAUCCCGUACGUCUGGUCUUUGGUGUUUAACUCUGGAGUUGGGCUCUACUGGAACUCUCAGGGAAUUGAGCUUUUCAGCAUGGACUCGCCCUGAGAGAGAGAAAGCCUGGGUGAGCGAGUGUGUGUGUGUGUGUGUGUGAGUGUGUGUAUAAGUGUGUGAGUGCUGAGUAUGUAUGAACUGGGAUGUGGGUGGAAGUGGAUUGUUGUUAAGUUUAUUGUUGCUUUAGAUUUGGGUGAAUGAGUGUGUGUGUGUGUAUGUGUGUGUGUGUUUGUGUGUGUGUGUGUGUGUGUGUGUGUGUGUGUGUGUGUGUGUGUGUGUGUGAGCGAGAGCACGUCUGCAUGGUUUUGAUGGCCCGUGGCUUUGGAACGUCCGGUGGAAGUGCCUCUAUUGUGACUGAGAUGUGAUGAGAUGUUAUUGUGGGACUUUUCCCCACGUUCUGCCUCCACUUCCUCAUAUCAGACCCCUGGGCUUCCAUAAUCUCCCACCACACCAUCCAGCCUCAUCACACACACUUCACAGGCCACGCCCAUCAAACACACACACACUCACUCACUGAGCUCUGAGUUAUGGUACAGUUUGUGUUCAGCAUGAUCAUACAGUAGAGGCCAAAAGUUUGGACACACCUUCUCUUAUUCAAUGCCUUUUCUUUAAUUUCAUGACUGAUAUUUACAUUGUAGAUUCUCACUGAAGCAUCAAAACUAUGAAUGAACACAUGUGGAGUUUUAUGUACUUAAUAAAAAAUGAGCUGAACCUCCACAGUCACCGGACCUGAACCCAAUCCAGAUGGUUUGGGGUGAGCUGGAGCACAGAAUGAAGAAGACAAAGGAGCAACAAGUGCUAAUAAACACCUCUGGGAACUCCUUCCUUCCUUCAAGAAUGUUGGAAAACUUUUCAUUAAUUUCAGGUGGCCACCUCUUGAAGAAGCUUAUUAAGAGAAUGAUGCCAAAAGUGAGCAAAGCAGUAAUUAGAGCAAAGGGGGGUUUUGAAGCAACUAGAAUAUAAAACAUGUUUUUAAUUUUUUUUAGUAAGUUCACCUUUUUUUGUUAAGUACAUAAAACUCCACAUGUGUUCAUGUUUCAUAGUUUUGAUGCUUCAGUGAGAAUCUACAAUAUAGUAAAUAUCAGUCAUGAAAAUAAAGAAAACGCAUUGAAAAAGAGAAGCUGUCCAAACUUUAGUCCUGUACUGUAUCUGUUUACUGUUUUAACGUUUUCAAUGCUUUGUGUUUAUUAAGAUUUUGUUCGGUUCUUUAUCGUAGUUCUUCUACGGUUUUUUUUUUUCUUUCUCAAGGGCGUUGUGGGUCAUUUAUUACAGCAGGUCAGAAAACUGGAGAGAUUUAAGAGAGAUUUUUUAAAAAAUGAAUAAAUAACAUAACAGACCUAACAGAAACUUUGGUCCACUUUAUUUUAUUUAUUUUUUGGACUCCAGAUAUGCACGUUUUUGUCUUAAGUUCAUUCUGGGCUAAAAUCUUUUUACAGUCACACAGUUUUUUUUUUUUGUAUUUAUCUUGUAUAUUUUAAUCAAUACAAGCGGCAUGAUAAUAACUACACAAUAGCUUGAGCAAAAAAUCUAUUUUUCUCAUAUGGAAGCCCAUUCACAGCAAGCUGAUGUUUUUUAUCUUUCUGUUAAAUUUUACAUUGCAAAAUAUUACAGCAUUGUACCAAGUAAUAUUUCCAUUACAUAUUCAAGCAAUAAUACGCAAUAGGUUCGUGCUAUAGCACAAACCUUGAAUGUAUUAUUGUAAUUAUACCACAGUUCCAUUAUCAAGAUUUUAAAGAGUUAAAGAGGAGGAGAAAAUAGGAUCUGUUUGGUUAUAAAAACUCUGCCAGUUAAAAUAGUUCCAUUGCUGCUCUGUUUGUAGCUGCGCUGUUUGGUUUGUAAGCGCUGCAUCGUUGCUAGGUUACCUGUAUGUGGCGGAGAGCUUCGGUUAGUUACAGUGCAUUACUGGCUGAUAGCGUUACUCAUAGAACACCUCUCAGCCAAUCACAUUGCAGGGUCGGAACUAACUGUUGUAUAAUUAUGAGUAAUGCGUUAUUGAAUUACUAUUAAAAUAAAUUAGCUUGAAAAUUUUGGAAAAUUACGUACUUAAGAUAGCGUAAGGUUGCGCAAUUUUAAAAUAACAAUCGACAAUCUUAUUACAAUCACACAUUCAAUAAAACAUUUAUAUGGCAUGGUAUGUCAUAUCCUAAUAUCGAAAUAUUAGGAUUAGUGCUCUGGAGUGUUUUGGAAAUAAUGGUUUAAGCCUAGUCUUAGACUGCACAGCCUAUUAAAUAAAGAUGUUCCAUCAUGAGGAAAAUAUAGAUUUUUAAUCUAAAACUAGGUUUAAAAAUCUUAUGACUAUCUAAAAACAACCAUAAAUAAAGAGUUAUCAGUGAGAUUUAUCUUCCUCUGCUUGAUGUGAAUGGGCCUCCAUAUCUGACUAUCAUCCCUAAACAAAAUCCUGAUCAUAUUAGUGUUAAUAUAAUCAUAUAAUCAUUAAUCUUUUUUAUAUCUUAGUACAAUCAUGUUUUUUAUUAUUAUGAUUAUUAUUAUUUGCUUGGUUUUAAUGUGUUUUAAGAUUUAUUUAUUUAUUGGUAUAGAUGUUUUUUUCUGAAUUAUUUAGCAUCUAAUUGUGAAACUGUCUCCUGGUUUAUAGACAUCAGCACAUAUAUAUAUAUAUAUAUAUAUAUAUAUAUAUAUGUUUGUUUUUUUAGAUAUUUACAAUCUGAAGACAUUUUCUGUGUGAAAAUCAUCAUAUUUAUAGAAAGAUAUCGAAGAUAAGGGGAUUGUGUACAAGCUAAUGUAAGCAGUGUGUUUAUCACACACACAUUAUUUCCUUUUUGGGGUUAUUUUUAUGUUUUUUGGGGUUAUUUUUAUGUUUUUUGUAGGUUUUCUCAUGUUUCUCUUCGUUUAUCACAGUCUCUCCUCCUCAGUUAGAAUAUAGAAUGUGUGCACUGCAGUCUGAUCAGCACUAUGGGGGUUUUCUGUUACUUAAUUCCACCUUUUUAUUAUGUUCUAUUUCAGUUCACCACUGUUACACAAUAAUAAUAAUAAUAAUAAUAAUAAUAAUAAGAGCUGAUCUUGUUGAGUAAAAGUAUUUGCAUUACUGCUACUAAAUCACUGUUGUUUUCAUUUCGAAUGAGUCAAGUGGUGACAUUAGCUAGAUGUUCACUACUUUAACUGUUGUUAACAUCUAGUUAACACCUAAUUGAGCAGUUAAUAUUUGAUAAUUUUUAGUUAAAGUGCAGUUAACAUCUAAGAAACAUCAGCUUCAGAGGUUAUCGUCCAGUUUAAAUCACCAGGAGCAGAUAACAUCUCACUGCUUGUGCAGAUAACCUCUUACUGAUGUUAGCUAGAUGUUAAAUCUAGAUGAUGUUAGCUAGAUGUUAACUUGUGCUCAUUUUAGCUAGAUGUUAACUCCUCUGUGAUGUUUGCUAAAUGUUAAAUCUAGGUAAUGUUAGCUACAUUUUAACUCAUGCUAAUGUUAGCUAGAUGUUAACUCUUUCUAAUGUUAACUGGAUGUUAACUCUUGCUGAUGUUACCUAAAGGUUAAAUCUAGAUGAUGUUAGCUAGAUGUUAUCUGCUCUUGCUGAUGUUAGCUAGAUUUCAACUCUUUCUAAUGUUAGCUGAAUGUUAACUUUAGCUAAUGUCGCGUAAAUGUUAAAUCUAGAUCAUGUUAGCUAAAUUUAACUCUUGCUGAUGUUACCUAAAUGUUAAAUCUAGAUGAUGUUGGCUAGAUGUUAGCUAUUGCUGAUGUUAGCUAAAUGUUAACUCUAGCUAUUGUUAUAUAGACUUUAACUCUGAUGUUAUUUAGAUUUUUAACUCUUACUGUUAUUGGCUAGAUGUUAUCUACUCUAGCUAAUGUUAGCACAAUUUUAACAAUAGCUGAUGUUAGCUAGAUGUUAACUCUUAAUGAUGUUAGCUAGAUGUUAACUCUAGAAAUAUGUGUUAAAUAUUCUUACACUAUUUCACAUUGUCACAGUAUGGUAUAUUAUAUAAUAUAUAUUUUAUAUUUAUUUCAUAAACCAGUACUUUUACCUGACAAGAUCUUAUUUUUCCAGUGAAUUCUAUUUGGAAACACUUUCUUACACAUAUAUUCUAUAAAAUAUUUUUUGCCCAGCUUUUGUGUUUAUGAAGGAAGGUGUCUGAUUGGUUGCUGCAGCAGCUGCAGUGUAUACAUUAGGGUUCACCCCGUUGAGCUCCCACAGUCAGAAACAUAUUAGAUCCUGUUCUACGCUUCAUGUUGUUCUUCUGCUCCGAUGCUCUGGAGUUGUUUAUAUAAUAUAUUGUUUAUAUAAUGUUUGAAAUAUACACACAUGCCUAAUAAAACUCUAAAUAGAAUCGCUUUAUGUUGAGCUGAACUCGAGAACUCAAGGAAGAGCUGAAGCUGCAGAAUGUUACUCUUCACUCAGGUAACAAAUGAAUGAAAUAAUAUUAAUAUUAAUAAUAAAAUAUUGGUAAAAAUAUAUCCUAUGUUAGAUUGAAUGCAACUAUCUCAACCCUUUUCCUUUCCACAUCCUGUUUCUGUCCUUCAAUCUAAAGUAUCCCAAAUAAACACAAAAUCCUGAAUAAA